AUGUGGAACAUUCGAAAUUCAAAUUGUGGCCAAGAAGGAGACUUGCUUGAAAUCAAAGGUGGCAGUGGAUUGGAUAGUGACAGUAUGCAGCCAUUCAAGACAUUCUGCUCUGUGAAUUCAGUCAAUGGUCCAACAGGAGCAAAGGAAGGCACAUACAAGGCCAGUGUUCUUUGUGGGUCCACCACAGUGAGGCUGUCAUCUUCAGGCCACAGCUACAACACAGUCAAGUUCUCUUUAAAGGCCAUUCCUCUGGACAACCCUGAACAGAUGCCGACUUUCCAGGGAGACCAGUCAAGAACCAGUGAAGCAGCAAUUUUGGAGUGGCAAAAUAGGAACUUGUGCUUGAAUAAAGGCCAGAGGACAGGAAUGUGCUGCCACGGGGCAACAAAUGAAACAAAAGGGCUGGGGGAAGAGAAAUGCUGCCAGAACCCAAGGCAGCAGUCGGUGACGAUAUCCGGCUAUUCGUCUUGCUACAUGGCCUACAAUCCUCGCAAGAUGACGACCAAGAUCCACGAACGAGGCUGUUUGGACAUUCCUGGGACAUACAUUGACCACAUGACUUCUCUUUGCACGCGAUCAAAGUGCACAGGAAUGUGCUGCGGAUUCAACUUGGUUCCACCGAACCCGGAGAAGAAAAGCUUUGUUUUCACGGAUAAAAAAAAUGAUGGAAUAUGCCGACCCACAUUCGGAGGAGGAGGAAGGCGGGCCUUGGCGCGACUUUCCAAGGCGCCACUCAGGUCCUGCUUGAAGUCCUCCAACUCCCCCAGGACCUUGUACUGCUUCUUCACUGCCAGCAAUUCCCGCUCGUUGGUCGCCAAGUACUCCUUGACAGAGAUGACGGCCAUGGCCACCAGCCCGGCUGACACGACCCCGAGGGACAGCUGGCCCAGGGCCUGGAACACCCGGGCCACGCUGCCAUCCUCGUCGGGNGGGCCUGGAACACCCGGGCCACGCUGCCAUCCUCGUCGGGCAAGUAGCUGUUGA